GAACAGGGCGAAUAUGUAUCGCGUUUGGAAUUUGGACCUGGGAAACACAGCAGCGCGGCUGCCAUAUUUGUGGAUAGCUGUCAAUUAGAAUGGCUUCAGCCUACAACCAAAGAGGCACCAGAAGAGAGGCAACUGCUCCAGCAGGAAGGCACAACUACCACCGGCAGCAUGAUGAAUCCAGAGAAGAAGGGAUACCCUUGGAAGACCUCCAACAGAUCAUUCAUGAUCGAGAUCCCCGCAGAAGACAGGAGCUCGAAGAUCAACAACACAAGGUUACCGCUUCUUCCAGAGCCGUCAACGCACGCCAACAUGACGAUGAAUUUUUGAUGCAAAUGGUGGCCCUACGAAGUCAUGACAGCCCUGCAACCAAUUAUGAAAUCGAAAAGGAUAAUAUUUCCAAAACUACAACCUCCCCACAAGUACUGGUAGCGCAGAAUUGCUCCAACCGGCCCGAGGUCCUUUACGACGAGAGAGGUUGUGUCAUCAAGACUCCGACUACCAUUUCUGCCAAUUCGCUAUUACCGGGUGCCUAUCCAGGAUUGCCCGGUGCCGUGGAUAACCAACAUUUUUCACGCCAAGAUGGUUAUAUUGAGGAUGAAAACCAAGCAAACCACGAGGACGGAAGCAACGUGCUGGAAGGUACUUUGGAAGCUACAUCAAAGAGCUCCUGUGCAUCAAACAAGCUUGUGAUUGGGGCUAUCGUUAUCGUUGUCAUUGCAUUGGCAAUCGCCAUCCCAACAGCGCUCCUAACGGGUGGCAGCCCUUCUGAAAACAUGACACAAUCCGAAGCUGAUCUCUACCUAGUACCAAAUAUUAGAAAUGACACCAUACAGGCAAUACAGGAUCCACUAUCUCCUCAGUACUUUGCCUAUGAGUGGAUAGAAGACGAUCCAAACUGGAACUCGUUUCCAGACUGGCGAAAAUCACAACGAUUUGGCCUAGCAUGCCUCUACUUUGCCUGCCUGCAGCACAUAAAAGUGGCGGUGGAACUAGUUGGUUGGCUCUCCUAUUUCCGAGACGAAUGUACGUGGCAAUCCAGGGUAAACCAGGGCGUGUGCGACGACAGAGGCCAGUAUCGAGAAAUCAUGGUGGAACCAUUUUCGAACUCCAAAGUCACAAAAGCGAGCAUCCCGCCCGAAAUAUUUCUCCUUUCUGGACUGGAAGUGGUAAGCUUCUUGGGAGUCAAUCUUGAAGCUGAGGAUUCUUUAGAGUAUAUUCUGAAUCUAAUCUUGGUACCAUUUCCACAAUACUCUCUUGCAGUGCUGAGAAUUGCACAAUGCAAGCUAUCUGUGACGCUGCCAACCGCCCUGGGACUCAUGACAAGCUUGACUCUGUUGGACUUGAAUUCGAACAAUUUGCAAUCCACAAUUCCAAGUGAAUUGGCUCUUUUGACGCAACUGGAAGAGCUUCUGCUGCACGGCAAUGAUGAUUUGAGUGGGACCAUUCCAGAGGAAUUGCUGGAGCUGCCAUCGUUAAGGGUGCUCCAUGCGGGAGCAAAUGAGAUACCAGAUAGUUUUUGUGAAAAGAAAAACCUUUGGGCCAAUCUGACGCUGACAACAAACAUGUGCAACAGUUACGAAUCUUGCUGCUGCGCCCAAAAUCUGGGAGAUUGUCUAUAAUGAC